UAAAUCAGAUCAUCUGUGCAAGUUCUCAAUGCCAGGGAAGCAUCUCCAUGAGAAAUUGUGCAGGCGGGCCCCCGGACAAACAGUCCACACACAACUCCUGACUGCUGGCACCACCACAGCUGAGCUUGCCCUGAGUGGGGAGGGAAGGAGGGAAAGGGCCUGGAUUUCCAGGAACUGGCAAAAUCCUGGGUAUCAAGAGAACAAGAUCGUUCCAUUUAAAAAACUUAUUUGGACUAUUUAGACAUUACAUUUUCACUAUCAAAUGCCAUGUUCAGUAACUGCUAGAAGUAAAAUUGAACUUCUGUCAUUUUGUCCCCUCUUCCCUCACAUCCCCUCAUGAGUUGACUGAUGCACAAAUGUGUGGUGAUUUCUUAAUAGUACUUGAGUGAUUUUAAGUGAGUUGCAUUAAAAUAGGUCUAUCAAAACACAUAAUGGUAUUCCACCUGGUUAAAGGCAAUUCUACAACAGCGAGGGUCUGCUUAGCACUCACUUCACCUGCUUUUACUGAAAGCCAGCUAGGGAAGCUCGCACACAGGAAGCCUGCACAGUGCUUCAGGUGUCCCUUGGCCAUUCCCAAGCUGUGCUGGAGAACACAGACAGGCAGUGCUGAGAUGAGAAAGCCAAAGGUGAGCACAGAAAGCACAGGGCUGCCUGGGCCAUGACACCCACCCAGCCACAACAACCAGAGUGCCUGCAGCACCUUCCCCCUCACCCUGAAGGCUCACCACAAUGUGCCUCCCUCAGCAAUCACUGUCAUAGGGAGCUCCUGCACCACCAGCUACAGGCACCCUCCUCACUUCUCCCAGCACUAACGGCCAUGAGGAAACUCCUCAGAAAAACUCUUCCAAAAACAUGGAAAAAUGGUGUUUGAGUACCUUUGCACUGUUUGACUAUUUCUGUUUGACACCUUCACAUACCUACAACAGCAUGCAAGACAGAAACUGUGGCCAAUCAUUGCCUCUUUCUUUAAUGCUGAAGGAGGCUUACAGUGCAGAGAGAGGCACCAAUAAGGGAUAUCCUGGAAACAUGUCAGAAGCUUCAUCCUGCCAUGACUUUUUCUGUGAUUCCCUAUCAGACAUGCAGAAUGGAGAAUUUUCAAGUGAACUUUCUGCCUUCCUUACCCAGGAGGAGAUAUGUAAGAGCCUUGAUAUAGCUCGGGAAGCAAUUGCCAGUUCUGUGAAGGAGAAUCAGAAUGCAGCAGCAGAGUUCACUCAUUUCAACACCUCUCUUUCUAGUGCUUCAGAGCAUGCUUCUUUCUGGGAUACCAAACUGCAUGAGCAAGAUACUUUACAGAGGCCUCAAACAAGCAGUCUGACUUCAUCUGCUGCAAGUCACAUUCCCUCGACAAGUCAGAAAGAGCAAUUCACCUCACCUCAAACAGCAAGUUGUUUUGCCACAGUCUCUAGGAAGCAAGCAGGCACCUCACCUUUGCUACCUGCUAGUCCCAGCUUUAUUAGAAGCCUGAAACAUUCAGAGCAGUAUGGUCCAGGUGCGCCCAAGACAUGCCCAAAGUCUGAAUUAGCAUCCCAGGGAGAAGUUCCUUUCAGGAAUAAGCUGUGUGACAAAGCUGCCACAUUCAUUGAGGAACUGUCAUCUAUAUUUAGAGAGGCAGCGAAGACAAGAGGCCGAAGUCCUGAUGGGGACUCUUCUUCUCCAGACAGCGGAUACCUGUCUCCUAAGAAGAAACAAUCAACUCUAAGUACCUCAAGGAACCAGGACUUUGAUAAGCUACAUCAAGAAACUGAGCCUGGGGCAAAAUUAUCUGGGGUUCAUCUCAACAGAGAGCACCUCUCUGAAAAGGAGAGCAUCACUCAGAGUGAAAUGGUCCUUUGCCACCCGUUCAUCAGUCAGGCUUCACCACCUCAGUUCACUCAGAAGCUCCGCAGCCAGGAAGUUGCUGAAGGAAACAAAGUGUUGCUGGAGUGCAGAGUUGCUGGCAACCCGGUCCCUGAUGUCAGGUUUAUUCAGUGAAUCCUGCGAGAAUAAAACUGAACCUUUCCUUCAAUCACUGAAGAAUGGAAUGCCACAAUAUUUCGGAAUGACCAUUUUCGCUGAAGGGAGAUUCAUUUCUGACAGAUGCAACCUUUCUAC